CGCGGGGCAGGUACGCGCGCUCGCAGCUUGCUGGUGGAGCUCGGAGGUGGCGGGAGCGGGUUCCGGCGAGCGAGGGAGCUCUGGGGCGGGGCGGGAGAAAGUGGCGGCCAGAGGACCUCGGCGGUGACGCGUGGCCGAGCCCAGGAGUCCCGAUCUACGUGCCCGCCUUCGUGAACCGCUGGCCGCCGGCCCAGGGGUCCCCCCGCAAGCGGCCCCGCGCCGAGUCCGCCGUCCCGCGCCAGCCCGGGCGAAGUGGGAAUCGCGAUCGCCCCGUACCCUGCGCCUGUAGUUCCCCCGAUCGCCCAUGGCCACGCGGGUGCUGACCAUGAGCGCCCGCCUGGGACCCGUGCCCCAGCCGCCGGCCACGCAGGACGAGCCGGUGUUCGCGCAGCUCAAGCCGGUGCUGGGCGCUGCGAACCCGGCCCGCGACGCGGCGCUCUUCCCCGGAGACGAUCUGAAACACGCGCACCACCACCCGCCUGCGCAGCCCGCGCCGCCGCCAGCCGCCGGCCCGCGGCUGCCCUCGGAGGAGCUGGUCCAGACAAGAUGUGAAAUGGAGAAGUAUCUGACACCCCAGCUUCCUCCAAUAAUUCCAGAGCCUAAAAAGUACAGACGAGACAGUGCCUCAGUGGUAGACCAGUUCUUCACUGACAGCGAAGGCUUACCAUACAGUAUCAACAUGAACGUCUUCCUCCCGGACAUCACUCACCUGAGAACUGGCCUCUACAAAUCCCAGAGACCAUGCGUAACCCAGAUCAAGACAGAACCUGUUACCAUGUUCAGCCACCAGAGCGAGACGACCGCCCCUCCUCCAGCCCCGACCCAGGCCCUCCCUGAGUUCACCAGUAUAUUCAGCUCCCACCAGACCACAGCUCCUGAGGUGAACAAUAUCUUCAUCAAACAAGAACUUCCUACACCAGAUAUUCAUCUCUCUGUCCCUUCCCAGCAGGGCCACCUGUACCAGCUGUUGAAUACCCCGGAUCUAGAUAUGCCCAGCUCUACCAACCAGACGGCAGUCAUGGACACCCUUAAUGUUUCUAUGUCGGCCGCCAUGGCAGGCCUUAACACACACACUUCUGCUGUUCCGCAGACUGCUUUGAAACAGUUCCAGGGCAUGCCCCCUUGCACAUACACCAUGCCGAGUCAGUUUCUUCCACAGCAGGCCACUUACUUUCCCCCGUCACCACCCAGCUCAGAGCCCGGAAGUCCUGACAGACAAGCAGAGAUGCUCCAGAAUUUAACUCCACCUCCAUCCUAUGCAGCUACAAUUGCUUCGAAACUGGCAAUUCACAACCCGAAUUUACCUGCCACUCUGCCGGUUAACUCGCCAAAUAUCCAACCUGUCAGAUACAACAGGAGGAGUAACCCUGAUCUGGAGAAAAGACGCAUUCACUACUGCGAUUAUCCGGGCUGCACAAAAGUUUAUACAAAGUCGUCUCAUUUAAAAGCUCACCUGAGGACCCAUACGGGUGAGAAGCCCUACAAGUGCACCUGGGAGGGCUGCGACUGGAGGUUUGCACGGUCCGACGAGCUGACCCGCCACUACAGGAAGCACACGGGUGCCAAGCCGUUCCAGUGCGGGGUGUGCAACCGCAGCUUCUCCCGCUCCGACCACCUGGCGCUGCACAUGAAGCGCCACCAGAACUGAGCACUGCCAACCGCCCGCCCGACGCCUCGCAGUCCGCUCCGCCACCCUUUAAACCGCAGAUCUAACUUCAUAAAAAGAGAGAGAGAAAGCGAAAGAACUGGAAAUGUAUAUUUUGUAUAUUUGAGGCCACAGGGAAUACAUUGUAUUAAUACCAAAGUGUUUGGUUAUUUUGAGAGCCUGGAAGCUUGCUGGCAUGCUCACCGCUGGCUUUAUUCCAGCAGCAAACUUCAUCUCCAGACAGGCAGCCACAUCUCAGUAUGGGGAACCGGUGGGGGCGCACGGGGCGCUUAGGCAGUUUCUAUACAGACUGCACACUCAAUCAUUUGUGACGUUAUUUAGCAUAAACAAACCAGUUGGCAGGCACCCGGACAGAUUGUCAAGAUUUUACUUGACGUGGACUCUUUUUUUUUUUUCUCUCAAGAUUAGAUUAUUUCCGUAGCGGAGGUACACGGUGUACCUGGCAAUUCACAAAUAGCCAUUGAACAAAUGUGUUUUUGU